AUGCCAGAGAGCCUCGACACCAACCCACGACGCCCACAAUCAGCACCGCAUCACAACCCUACCGCCCCGCACUCACCGGCGAAGCGGAUCACCCGCCCAAGCCAUGACUUCGACCGUCGCUACGACGGCCCCUUCGGCCGCCCCAGCCUGGCCAUGACCCGCCGCAGCUCCCGCUCCCCAACCCGUUCCUCCAUCCAUCCCGGAACAGCCGACGAAGCAUCUCCCGAAGCCGCUACCGCCGUCUCGGCUGACGACGACUUACACGGGACCCCCGACAGACCGGCAUUCCAGCCCACCCCGCCGCCGCUGAACUACACCCUGCGCACCCGCAAGAUGGCCAUCUUCCUCUUCUGGGCUCUCAUCCUCUUCGACUCCAUCGCCAUGCCCAUCGCCCUCUACUUCGGCCUCUGGUACGGCGUCGGGCCCGGCACAAACACCCCGACCGAGAAGAGGCAGAAGCUCACGCCCAACGCCGUCUUCUCCAUCGUCACCGCCGCCGUCGGCGGCGCCAGCAUCGUCGAGUACUUUGUCCGCUUCUGGCGCCUCUGGCGCAAGGGGAGCACCUGCCGCGUCAUCGGCGCCCAUCGCUGGUACCUCGACUGGUUUCACUGGAACUUUUCUUUUGCCUGGAUCAUCAUCAUGAUCGAGCUCAUCGUCGGCACCGUCCCCGAACACCCACCGAUCCGCCUCCUUUCCAUGCCCGUCACCACGAUGCUCUACGUCUUCGGCACCGAGCUCCUCCUCGUCGACGUGAGCCGCGCCUUCCGCGUCCCCGCCCCCUGCCGCAUCUCUUCCAUCCCGAAGGGCGCCCAGCUCCGCCCGGGCAUCUACUCCCUCGUCGAGGACGUCUGCGCCGUCGACGGCUCCGGCGGCACCGACUUCCGCGUCGCCCUCGACCGCCGCUACGAGGCAAGCCACGUCUUCCGCGCCAUGCUGCGCCGCCUGGGCGUCUUCUGGGCCGUCGGCGCCGAGGCCUGCGCCGUCCUGUGCACCGUCUUGAUCUUCACACUGCACGGCGACGUCGCCUACGCCAUCGGCUGGUCGCUGCCGUUCGUGUGGGCGGGUGUGUGGACGUUGGCGACGUUUUGGUAUGUGAGUCGCCAGUUGAAGAGGGAGGCCGCCGCGUGGGCCGAGGAGGCCGCGAGAAAGGGCGCGGCGCACUCGGAAGCGUCGGUUUGA